AUGGUCGGCUCCAUUCACGAACGCAUUCGCGAAGACCUCCUCGCCAAAGAACGUCGUCUCUGGACGGCGCUCACCUCGGCAGACCCCGGGCCAGAAAUCAAAAAGAUGUGCAAUGAGGAAGCCAACCUGUUGUUUCCCAAGCGCGAGGUCCUCCACCUGUACUCGAAGCCGUCGAUUAGCGAAGCGCUGAAGCCGCCGUUCCACCACUUUGAAGAAUACGAGCUGCAGGAGGUGCGAGUGAUUGUGAUUGAUUUGAUGGCCGGCACGGUGACCUACAAGAUCAAUGCGCGUCGGGGCCAGGAUGUCUUCCGCGGCACGGGAUCCACGACCUGGAGUCAGGGGAGUGAUGGGGAAUGGCGGAUUGUGGUGCAUCAGGAGACGUUGCUGUAAUCGAUGCGAUGCAGCGGUGUGAUUUCAGGGUCUUCCUUAGGGUCAUGGUGAUGGCUGGCUGAACGGACCCUUGUUACGGAGUAUCCCGACCGC